UGAGAGUCGUUUGAGGGCUCGUCUCUCCGGCAACUGGCGAUGACGUCAUCACAAACGGACACUGUUGUCAUUCCUGAAAUGUGGGCAGCGUUUGUUGUCUUGUUAUUUCGUUCGUUUUAAACCCUUUUCUCGUGUUUUAAUCAUCAAAACUUAACAUGGCUGACUACUGGAAGUCACAACCAAGGAAGUUCUGUCAGUACUGCAAGUGCUGGAUUGCAGACAAUAAGCCUAGUGUUGAGUUUCACGAAAGAGGGAAGAACCACAAAGAAAAUGUGGCUGCAAAAAUCUCUGAGAUUAAAAAGAAGAGCAUCGACAAGGCGAAGCAGGAGGAACGUGAGUCUAAAGAGUUUAAGGCGAUGGAGGAGGCUGCACUGAAAGCGUAUGAGGAAGAUCUGAAGAGGAUGGAAAUGGAGGCAGCAGGAUUAGAGUAUACACCAGCCCCAACAACAACACGACCAAAACCACAGGUAAAAAAUCAGCCCAGACCUCAGGGCAAAAAACAGCAAAAGAAAUGGAACGCAAACAAGAAGCCCAGAGGCCAAACAGAAGAGCAGGUUUGGGUUGAAGGACAGACAGACGAUGGAAACACGUACUACUACAACACAAUAACUGGAGAAUCUAAAUGGGAAAAACCAGGUGGUUUCCAGGGAGAAAACUCGGGCUCUGCAAACACUGAGAGUUCUUCAGGCUGUACUUGGAAGGAAGCCUUCAGUCCUGAUGGUUAUAAAUAUUACUACAACUCAGAGACUGCAGAGACCAGCUGGGAGAAGCCAGCAGGCUUUACCUCGAAUGAAGCAUCUGGAUCUGGAUCCCACAAAGAGGAAGAGUGUCAGCCGGGGCCCCCAGGGGUAGAGGAGAGCUCCAGCGCGGCGCCGGCAUCUCAGGAGGCUGAAGUCACUGAAGAAGCCAGCCAGCAGCCUUUUGUCCCAAAGAUCAGCUUCAGGAAGAGGAAAGCAGAAGCAGAACCGUCAGAAGAGGAGGGAGAAGAUAAAGUGAGUGAUGAUGUUCCUAAAGAGGAGGCUGAGGAGGUGAAAAAAGAGGAAGAGGUCCAAAUCACGACAGCUCAGCCUGAAGAGAAGAAAGAGGAAGUGGUGGCUCCAGUGAGGAUACAAAUCAAAAGGUCGAAAACUGCCAAUCCAUACGGGGCCUGGGAGCAGAUCAAGGAGGAGGAGGACCCAUAUGCCAAGGUGGACUUACAGCUGCCCAAGUGGGAGGGAACCAUCAUCGCUCCGGCCGAACUGCCGCCGGAGCCAAAACCCAAGUUCAGGGAGCGCAUCAUCACCUCCCUCGGAGAGGAAGGCGGACCCACUUCAUUCAGGAAAAACAAGACACAGAACGGCAAAUCCAGGAGCCUCCGACAGAGAGACGACGACGACGACUGACCCAAUCACAUCAGACCUUCAUGCAGCAGAAGACUUUUACACAAAUAAAACUCUUUUUAGGAACUUUCUUUGACAUUUUGAUGAAUAAUUUUGAUUUUUGGAGCAAAUUAAAUGUAUUAGGAGUGUUUUUCUUUUCUUUUUUUUUUUACAUAAGUUGCACACAUCUUUUUUUUAAAAGCAUUUCUAGGACAAAUUGACAUGAGAAAGUUUCUUUAAAAACACAAUCUAUGUUCUUUUCUUUGUACUGAGUUGUUAUAAUGAAGAUGUGCAACACUUUUAUAGUCUUAUCUCGUGUAUACAAUAUUAUAAUUUCAUCCUGUAGUCUGGUAAGAGCAGAUUUAUCUAUACAGAGCAAUUCAACUUUUUGUAUUUUCCAUAUUUGUAUUUUUUUUACCAUUGUAAGUAAUGAGAAGCUAGUAAAGCAUCUUUGUGGAAAUAGCAUUGCAAUAUAUUGACUUUCAUACAGCAGUAUGAAUAGAAGGGAUUAAAGAUGGGAAAAUGUGAUCUCAAUAAAUUAUGACUGUCUGGAUACUGAAAA